AUGGCGACUCCUCAACCCGACACACGCGCAGCGCAGCCAGUGCAGCCUGCAGAGGCCGUUCUGACGUCGAAAUGGAGACGUGUAGAAGCCAUGCCGGCGCGCGAGAUGCUCGUCGAGCUCGAGACGGACGAGGGAGAAGGUCCGGACGACUGGGAGCAGGACGAGGUCGAGUACCUCACCCUCGAGUUUGGGACCCAUCUUCCCGCCGACCUCCUCGCGGAACACAACGAAGUUCAGCUGCUCGCUCCUGAAUCUCUUACCCCGUUCGCUCGCGUUGGACACAAGUACUUCCAGGGGACCCAUCAGACCUUGAUCGGCAACGACAUCUUGUUCCUUCACGAGCCCGAUGCCGAGCCGUCGUACCGCCCUUUCACGACCUCUUCCUACCGCAUCAACUUCCAGCCCGUGAUUGUCGAGCACGACGCGGAUAAGCCGGCGAAGGACGGUGCCGCCCGCCUCAAGGGCAAGGGUCGCGCGAGCGAACCUGCACCUACGCUGGACGAGCAUGGUCAGCCUGUCAAGCGCAGGCCCGGUCGCCCGAAAGGUAGCAAAAACAAGCCCAAACCUCCGCCGACUGAGGGGUCGCCUGCACCGGCGCCUCGCAAACGUCGACCCAGGACUUCGGCGAUCCAGGCUGUCUCGCUUCUCACUGGUCAGCCAGUUGAUCCGAAAGAUGAGGGACGCACGAAGGGCAAGGCGAAGAAGAAGGUUGUCGUGCAGGCGGAGAAGGGAAAGGAGAAAGCGGUCGAAGAGGAGCCUGAGGCAGGGCCGGCACACGGAGCGGAAGGUGAGGGAGAGGCCGAUGCAGGCGGCGAGCUGGCAGCAGAAGCAGGACCGUCUGCGGUGCGCCGUGCUGCUGGAGCGCCGCCCGAGCAGAGAAUCGGAGGACCGUCGGAGAACCCGCCUGACCAGGCGAUGGACGAGUAG